AUGAACACAUCCACUUGGGACAUGAGUUCUUCGUCAUCUUCAUCUGGCGACGAUGAAUUCAUACUUGCAGCAUUCGCCGAGCGCGAGAAGGAAGAGAGGAAGAACGCUCGACGCCAUGGCGGUUCCAAGCAUGGACGUCAGUCAAUCGAUCGAGGAAGAGAUGCCGGAUUUCUUCUUCUGUGGGACGACUACUUCAAAGAAGUUCCUCGCUUUCCCGAACAUUUGUUUCGACGAAGAUUUAGGAUGUCGCGUACUUUGUUCAACCGCAUAGCUGAUGGUAUACUUGAGCAUGACUAUGAUGAUUAUUUUACGCAAAAAAGAAGUGCUUCUGGAGCUCUUGGGUUACAUCCUUUGCAAAAGAUGACCGCGGCGAUGCGGAUACUAACAUAUGGAGUAGCAGCUGAUCAUGUUGAUGAGUACAUCCAGUCCGCUGAGUCUACUAAUUUAGAGUCUUGUAAGAAAUUUGUGAUCAAAAUUUGUGAAGUUUUUGGGGAAAAGUACCUGAGAUCUCCAAAUGAAGAAGACAUUGCUAGGUUACUUGCAAUAGGGGAGGAAAGAGGAUUUCCCGGUAUGUUAGGGAGCAUAGAUUGCAUGCACUGGGGGUGGAAAAAUUGCCCCAAAAAAUGGCAUGGCAUGUUUAAAGGCCAUGUGAGCCAGCCCACUAUGAUCUUGGAAGCAGUUGCUUCACAAGAUCUUUGGAUUUGGCAUGCUUAUUUUGGUUUAUCAGGGUCUCUGAAUGAUAUAAAUGUUCUUCAACGUUCUCCUGUUUUUACAAAGCUAGCCGAAGGCCAAACUCCUCCAAUGAAUUAUAGCAUCAAUGGCCAUCAGUACACAAUGGGGUUUUACCUUGCAGAUGGUAUCUAUCCACGGUGGGCAACAUUUGUGAAGAGCAUACCAGCUCCAACUAGCAGAAAGCAUAAAACUUUUGCCAAGAAGCAAGAGGGGGCUAGGAAAGAUGUGGAACGAGCCUUUGGAGUUCUGCAAUUCUGUUUUGCCAUUGUUCGUGGACCUGCUAAAGGAUGGAAACGUAAAGAAAUCACUGAUGUCAUGAAAACUUGUGUCAUAAUGCACAAUAUGAUAGUUGAAGAGGAGCGACAAACUGGUCGGCAAAGCUGCACUUUUGAGGCAAUGGGAACAAGAGUCACAGUCUCUCGUACUCAUGCGGAAGAACUGAGCUCUUUUAUUCAGAUGACUCAUCGGAUUAGAAAUUUCGAUGAACAUGAUCAGCUUAAACUUGAUCUAAUUGACCAUGUGUGGCAAAAGUUUGGAAACGAGUAA